AUCGGAAGAAUCAGUAUCAAUUUUCUCAAAAUGCAGAUACAUCACUGUUUCAGUAUCGUUAUUUAUUACACAACGCUAUUAGCUAGAAGUUAGCAUCUUUAUUUGCUGCUCAACAAUUGUAAAUAAGCAAAACAGCCUGUCUGUUAUACCAUAUGGUAAAACUAGACGAGGAUGAAGAAAAGAGUGUGUAGCUUCAUUAAGGUUCAUGGUAAUGGCCAUGCAAAGUGUGUGGCCCAGAGCAUAACAGACAGCUGGGAAAAAGAGUGCUAUGCCAAUGUAAAAAUUUUUGCUAAGCAUAAUGAGCCAUGUAACUUAGGGUCGAAAUUUCUUUCAGCUAACAAGUGUGUACUAGCUGCUGCUAGCCAGAAGCUUGCUUGGAUGCUGGCUGAUACAGAAGAAGAUGUUACAAUAAUUGUCGCAGAACAUGAUUUUUCUACGCUGAAGCUUCUUCUUCAAUACAUUUAUACUGGAGAAGUUUUAAUUGAUAACAAUGCUCAGGAACUACAGACAUUGAUUGCAGAAUGGGAAAUUGGCCAUCCUGAUGUUAUUUCAAUUUCUGCUAUUGAAUCCAGAAGCAGCAAUUCUCUAAGUACUCAACAAAGUAAAAAUUCACCUCACCAACGUGAAAGUAGAUGGGGAUCAACAACUUCUCCUAAUGAUAAUAUCAUUACUGGAGAAAAAGCAACAAGUGCUUGUUCCUAUAACAGCAAAGAUGUAAUCCAUCUUUGCUUGACACCUGAAAAAGAAUCACUCCAACAGAACAUUACUGAAUCCAUAGACAGAAUUGAGCAUCAUAAAAUCUCCAUUGGAAUUGAAAUUCCUGUAAUAGACAUUCCAAGAGAUGCUCCCACUGUUGGUCAUUCAAAUUUGUUAGUUGGUAACCUUCCUGCAAAAAAGGGAAUUCCCAAAACUAAACCCGUCUUGUCGGCAAAACGUAGUAAACCAAAUCAGUACGUAUUUCUUUCCACUUACAUAAAGAAAUCCAAAAACAAGUUGCAUGAGAGAGCAGUCAAUUCUGUGACGUCUAAGGGUACGCUCUGGAAGGCAGGAAAAUCGAAUGCACAAAUGGUAGAAACUGACUGUGCUGGGAAAUCAGUUACAACAUCAAAUCAAACUAAAGAAUUUGGUGAGGGAAAUGCUGCUGCUGAUGGGAUCCAAACCAUUGAGCUUAUGAAGUCUACAUUUGGCUGUAAAGAUCCAUCAGCUUGCUUAAAUAACCACUACACCAGUGAAGUGGCUGAAGCGGUAGACACGGAGGAAGACCUAAAGGACCUUACGUUGGCUACGAAACUACUCGGGGAAGAAAAGGCGAAUCAUCAGAAAUUAACCGGAGUAAUGCUGGACUUAUCAAAAAUGGUAAAACGGCACAAAAUUUACGCGAAACAUUUUCUUGGUCCCGUUAGCAUUGAUUCUAAAUCAGCUGGAUACAUAGCAUCGCGAAUUCCAUGUGUGACCUGCGGCAAAAUAGUCUUCCGUGAUUAUAUGUCAACUCAUGUCAAAAUUCACACCACUGAGCGGCCUUUUUUGUGUGACCAAUGCGGACAGACUUUUGCACUCCCCGAACGUCUAAGAAACCACUUGAAAAAUAUGCAUCCUGAUGAAUCACAACUUAGAUUACAUAUUUGCUCAGAAUGUGGCAAAUCAUUUAAAAAAGCUGAAUAUCUGAAACGGCACCUCACUUUUCAUAAUGGCCUAAAGCCAUAUAGCUGCCCAUACUGCGAUAAAUCUUUCCGUCUACCUAAUGUCCUUCUGAAGCAUAAACGUACCCAUACGGGGGAAAAACCAUACGAAUGUGAGACUUGCCAUAGAAGAUUUUCUGCGCGCACCAGUUACGUAGUACAUCUGCAGACUCAUCGAAAGAAGAGCCGAGUAUUAGAAACAACGGAGACUGAAAGUUUUGUCGAUCCUGAAACUCAACUGCUAAAAUGUGAUGUAUGCAACACAACUUUCCACAGGGAAUACGCGUUCCUCGUACACAAAGCUGCACACAAGGGUGAAGUGCCUAAAUUGCCCUGUCGUCACUGCUCCGAGACCUUUGGUUCCUACAAAUUACUUCGAGAACAUACACGAGAUCAUCACGCGGAUGCUCUUUAUCAGUGUGAACAGUGCCCUAGCAUGUUCGCUAACAAGACGGCUUUGCAUUCUCAUCUACAAAUCCAUUUACAAGGAAAACAGUUUUCGUGCGAUCGUUGUGGUAAGGAGUUUCAGACCAAGGUGCAGCUACAGACUCAUAACCGCAGUGUUCAUUCGGAUCUUCGCCCUUUCUCCUGCCGAUUUUGCGAUAAAACCUUUAAAUCGAAACUAACAUUACGCCAACAUGAGCGUAUUCAUACUGGAGAACGUCCCUAUCAGUGUCCUCAUUGCUCGAAAGCUUUUCGUCAAGACGUUCACCUUGUAAACCACAUAAGGUUGCACACUGGCGAGAAACCAUUUGUGUGUACCUAUUGUAAUAAGGCCUUUGCCCAUAAAAACAAUUUAAGCAUUCAUGUCAAAAUUCAUACGGGUGCCAAGAAUAUGUGCAGUGUAUGUGGACAAGUGUUCCGGAGUAUCGUUAAAUUACGUCUUCACGAGGGUAUUCACACUCCACUUAGUGUUCCUACGACGGAGGGAGAUAUUGCGGAAGAAACUUUGUAAGCAUUUUCCUUUUAUUUGAUGCAUUUUACCCCUAAGAAUAGCCAUUAGAUGAGGUUUACCAAGCAUCACCCAUGUGUAUUCUUAAUAUACUAUGUUACCGUUUCACUUUUGAAGCCCAUAUAUUAAAAAAAUUCAGUUUUUGCUUUUACUUUUUUUCUGCCCAUAUGUAUCUCCUGUAACCAAGUCAUGUAUAAUUAGCCUUAUCCAAAUUCUUUUUUUCUCGUUUUCAAAACAGAAAAGUGAUAAUAAAGACAUUUAAGAAGUGUAA